UGUCACAGCCCGAAUCAGGUCUCUCCCGUCCCUUGUCAAACACCUCGUUGUUGUGUUUUUCAGGGCUUCCUCUUGGACCGAUUCCCACCGAUGUCUGUGUGCCUCCCACCGUGUGUUUCCUGAACCUUAGGACCCAGUGCCAUCCAUUCCAGAACAUUCCACCACCCGGAGUAGCUGGUGUUUGCCUGGCUUUGGACUUCACGGAGCGGGGUUUAUUCAGAGUUUUUGAGGAGGACCCUGUGCAGAGUAAGAGCAAGAGUACACCUUCCCGGACUUCUCUCUCUGAAAGGCAGUGAGACGUUAAUCUCUUUCAACUGGAGCGGGUUCGCUUCGUUUCUCUCCUGGGAGGAGGCCAACAGGAACUGACCCCAGGUUGCCAUGAGCUCUGCCAUCACCUGCUGUGAGCACCCCGACCCUUUGAGGGGUGACAAUGUGCUCAACUGUCACAAUGAUGGCCAAGGCAGGAAGAAGGCUGGGCAGGCCAGGAGCUCCAGCAGCAGCCCGGUGAUCUACGGCAUCCUGGAUGUCCCACCGUGGUACCUCUGCAUCUUCUUGGGGAUCCAGCACUUCCUCACAGCCCUGGGGGGGCUCGUGGCAGUGCCGCUCAUCCUGGCCAAAGACCUGUGCCUGCAGCAUGACCCCCUGACUCAGAGCUACCUCAUCAGCACCAUUUUCUUCGUCUCCGGCCUCUGCACUCUCCUGCAAGUGUUUUUAGGAGUCAGGUUGCCCAUUCUCCAGGGAGGGACGUUUGCUUUUGUGGCACCCUCCCUGGCCAUGCUCUCCCUGCCUGCUUGGAAGUGCCCUGAGUGGACAUUCAAUGCCAGUCUGGUGAACACCAGCUCUCCUGAGUUCACUGAGGAAUGGCAGAAGAGGAUCCGAGAGUUGCAGGGCGCCAUCAUGGUUGCUUCCUGUGUCCAGAUGCUAGUGGGAUUCUCAGGCCUCAUUGGGUUUCUCAUGCGCUUCAUUGGCCCCUUGACCAUCGCUCCAACCAUCUCCUUGGUGGCCUUGCCUCUCUUUGAUUCUGCGGGCAAUAACGCUGGGAUCCACUGGGGGAUUGCUGCCAUGACCAUCUUCCUCAUCGUACUGUUUUCUCAGUACCUGAAAAACGUCGCCGUGCCAGUGCCGAUUUAUGGAGGAAAGAAAAAGUGUCACAUGUCUAAGUUCUACCUGUUUCAGGUCUUCCCGGUGCUGCUGGCGCUUUGCAUCUCGUGGCUUCUCUGCUUCGUGCUCACAGUCACCAACGCCCUUCCUACAGCCCCCACCGCCUAUGGGCACCUGGCCCGUACUGACACCAAAGGCGAUGUGCUGAGCCAGGCUCCUUGGUUUCGCUUCCCUUACCCAGGACAGUGGGGCCUCCCCACCAUCAGCCUGGCUGGGGUCUUUGGGAUCGUUGCGGGGGUAAUCUCCUCGAUGGUGGAGUCAGUAGGCGAUUAUUAUGCCUGUGCCCGGCUGGUGGGGGCCCCACCCCCUCCGAGGCACGCGGUCAACCGCGGCAUCGGCAUUGAGGGUCUUGGCUGUCUUCUGGCGGGAGCCUGGGGUACAGGGAACGGCACCACCUCCUACAGCGAGAACGUCGGGGCGCUGGGCAUCACCAGGGUGGGGAGCAGGAUGGUGAUGGUUGCUGCUGGCUGCUUGCUGCUCCUGAUGGGCGUAUUUGGGAAGAUUGGGGCUGCCUUCGCCACCAUCCCAACCCCUGUGAUCGGAGGCAUGUUCCUGGUGAUGUUUGGGGUCAUCACCGCCGUGGGGAUCUCCAAUCUGCAGUACGUGGACAUGAACUCAUCCAGGAACCUCUUUAUCUUUGGCUUCUCCAUCUACUGUGGGCUCGCCAUUCCCAGCUGGGUGAACAAGAACUCUGAGAUGCUCCAGACAGGGAUUCUCCAACUGGACCAGGUCAUCCAGGUGCUGCUGACCACGGGCAUGUUUGUUGGUGGAUUUCUGGGCUUUUUCCUGGACAACACCAUCCCUGGAAGCCUGGAGGAGAGAGGCCUCCUGGUGUGGAAUCAAAUCCAAGAGGAGUCUGAGGAGACUACGAAGGCAUUGGAGGUGUACCGCCUCCCCUGCGGGAUUGGCACCAAGUCCUGCACGUCCCCCUGCACCCAGUACCUCCCGUUCUGGCCCAGGCUAGAAGCUGGGAAAGGUGAGCGGGGAAUGAGCCUGUUCGCCUGCCUCUUCCAGGAUCCCUCAGGAGAGUGCCCGAAGGGUGCCACGGAAACCAAGUUAUGAGAAGAACUGUCCUCACGCCUGCCCCAAAGUGCUCUUCACCCCCCCCCCCGCCCACCCCAUGAGAUCAUCUCCCCGUGCGAGGAUGGGUGGGCACCCUGCAGUGGUGGCAGCCAAAUGAGUAUUCGAUUAAGACCAUGACGAAGGUGCUUUGACACAGUGACUUAAACACCACAGCCUUCCACUGCGCUCCAGUGAAAACCAGUCUCCUAUCUCCAGCAUAAGCCAGUGUAACCCAGUGUCCGCACAGAGAAUCUCUCAGUCCACAUGUUCUCGGCCAUAAUUUGAUGCGUUGGAAGAGGCCUGGGGUGCGGCCGGGGACGGAGACGGGGCUGUUUGCUGAAAGGCGAGCCCCUCUUGUCCUCCCCUCCGUGCACCUGCCCCUCAGGGCUGGCUCUUCGGGAGAGGUGAGGAGCACCCUCUGUUCCUCCAGCACCCGCUCUGAGCUCCUGGUGCUCCAGCCCGCGGCCGGCUCGGGCUGUUUGUGAUGGAUUGUUCUUUAAUCGCACAUUCUGGGAAUCAAGUGCACGCACUCUGGCUUAGGCUUUGGCUUGCUCACGUAGGCUGCCAAGGGAUUGGAACCCACUCCACCUAACGGCCUCCUUGUUUCCUUAUUUUAAGAGGCCACAAGACCGCCGCACGAACUCCUGCCUGAGUUUCCAGCUGGCUGGUCUGCCCUGCAAAUUUCACAUUUGCAGUCUCCACCAUUAAUACUUAAAUCUAUACCUACACCACUACCCAUAUGCACACCUAUCCUCUUGGGUCUGUUUCUCUGACGGAUACAGUCCUGGCUAAUACGGGAAGAUAUCAUCAGUUAAGACACAGGAAGAUACCUGACCGAUGUAGGAAGAGGCCUGGGUCGGCAGAACGGGAGGGCAAGCCCCGUCGGAGGGGAUUUUAAAGCAACACAUCCAUCCUGGGCUGCACCAUAUCCAGUGAGCAGAGGCGAGCAGAGGGCCGUUGGGGCUGAGUGGGGGCGGGGAGGCUCCUAGCACGUGGCCGUGGGGAGAAGGAACAGCAUUCCCCUGAGGUCCACGCUGACCAGGGCCCCACUGGCUCAUGAUGCUCCAGGAAUGAGGACUGAAUGGGAGUGCGUGGGGGCUGGCUAGAGCCGGCACUCGUGCCCUGAGGACCUGCUGGGUGCGGGCACCUCUGUAAGACUUUCUCCUGUCCCACAUGCUGGCCUGCUCUUGACCGGGGGGACUGGCUGGGGGUGGUCGUGAGCACUGAGUGCCUGGGCGCUGGGGCCGUGCGCGCUCCCCUUUCCUUCCUUCCCCGCACACGUGUGGGCAACCCCGAGGAUAAAGGCCCGGCCUGCCCCUCCUCUGGGUUGUUUAUGAAAAGCUACGGUCCUUGCAUAUCCGCCGUGGGAGUCCCUGGGGGUGGGCUGGUGACAGGACGUGAGGCGAGGUGUGAGCCCUGGGGCUGAGAGCAGGCCGGACUGUGCUUGGGUCCUAACACCUAACCUGCACGGUUUCUUCCCGGGAGAUGGAACAGCCGAAGGAUUUGGGAGGCCUUCCGGGGAGGGGGGCCACUGUAAUGAUGAUGGGAAACUGUAAAAAGCCAGGGAACCCGUUCUCUGCACACCCGGUGGGUUAGUCAGGGUUCUCCAGAGAAACAGAGUCACUAGGAUGUAGGACGUGUGAGCACGCGUGCACACACACACACACACACACGCCCACACGCUAUAUCCGUGUGCGUACACACACAUACGUAGGGAGAGAGAGAUGUUACGGAAUGGGCUUGCGUGGUUGUGGAAGCUGGAAUGUCCGCAGUGGGCAGGGUGGGCUGACAGACUGGGGAGCGUUGCUGUUCGUGUCUGAAGGCACUUGCCUCCUCCUCAUGGGAGGUCAGUCUUGGUGGGAUGAGGCUGACCCAUAUUAUGGAGGGUAAUUACUCCAUAUUUACUCAAAGUCUGCUGGUUUAAAUGUUUAUCUCAUCUCAAAAUACCGUCAUAGAAACAUCGAGAAGAAUGUGUGCCCAAAUAUCUGCGUACCGUGGCCUGGUCACGUUGGCACAUAGAAUCUGCUGUCACAUCCAAUGUGCACGCCCAGGAGCCUCACCAGAAAGCACUCAGCACACGGUGGAAUCUGGCUUGAUCUCCACUUAGGAGUCUCUAUUGCCAGAAGAAGCAGAUGAAGCUGGUUCUACCCUGAUGUCCUAUAGUUCCUAUGCACAGGUGUGGUCCGCACCAUUCUUGGGCUCCCAGAGCAUGCAGGAUGAGUGAGUGGCCUCCAGAACUCUCUAGAACCCACCAGAACUCUGCCCUGAACCCAAGGUGUGCUGAAAGUACCUAGUGUCAUGGCAUCUCUGGGGACAGAUCCUGCCCGUCCUUUCUCGAAAGGCCCGUGGCCUGGGCUUCAGGCAGGCUGCACCCAGGACCCCUGAAUAGGAACACAGGAGGGGCAGGUGUGUACCUACAGCCAGCCACUUAUACCAAACGACCCUGAAAGACUGACACAGGGCCACACUACUUGUCAAGACUUUAUAAUAAUCAGAAACUCAAACCAUCAAAAUGCUCUGGGACAGCCACCCCGAACUGUCCCGGGAGGGGGAGGCAGGU